AUGCAAGUGCUGAUUGACUUGCGAGUUUUUCAGCAAGUGAUGGCAAAAAUUCGUGAUUAUGAGUAUGAUCAAAUCACAAAAAAAACACUUGAAGGUUCCAGAGGGCCUCCUGGAAUUAUCAAAGGUGAAGUGCAUGUAACUCCGAAAGCAAGUAAAAAGAAGCAUACGUACGUCCCACAAUCAACUGACGCAGACUUCAAUAUGGAAGAGCCCACUGCACCUGAAGAUUCAUCCGACGAUUUCUAUAGCGGCAUGAAUGACGUUGCCCAAAGGUCAUCAAUACUCGAGUAUAUAUUAAAGAAAAAAAGAUUUUGA